GGCUUCCGUGCGGUGGGCGGGGUCCCGGCGGGUCCAGGCUGAGCGGGUAGGGGCUCGCGGGAGCCGAGCUCCUGCAUUCAAUCCACCCGGCAGCCCUAGAGCUGCACCGUCUACCCCGACCCGGGACGCCGCGGCCGGGGCGAGGAGGGCAGAGGGACGCGGCGAUGGCUCUGUGGGGACUCCCGGGGUCCGCUGUGCUUGCUGCUUCAGUGUUCGUGGGAGGCGCUGUGAGUUCGCCGCUGGUGGCCGCCGACAACACUGGUAGCCGCACGUUACACUCCCGAGCAGAGACCACUCCAUCGUCACCCACCAACAACCCUGGGAAUGGACACCCGGAAUACAUUGCGUAUGUGCUCGUCCCUGUGUUCUUCGUCAUGGGUCUCCUUGGUGUCCUCAUCUGUCACUUACUUAAGAAGAAAGGCUACCGGUGUACAACAGAGGCGGAACAGGAAGUCGAAGAGGAAAAGGUGGAAAAGAUAGAGUUGAAUGACAGUAUAAAUGAGAACAGUGACACGGUCGGCCAGAUUGUCCAGUACAUUAUGAAAAAUGAAGCGAAUGCAGAUAUCUUGAAAGCUAUGGUAGCUGAUAACAGCGUGGGCGAUAUUGAAAGCCCUGUCACUCCUAGCACGCCAGGGAGCCCACCUGUGAGUCCUGGUCCCCUGUCACCAGGGGCCACCCCAGGGAAGCAUGUCUGCGGUCAUCAUCUGCACACAGUGGGAGGUGUCGUUGAACGGGAUGUGUGCCAACGAUGCAGGCACAAGCGAUGGCACUUCAUAAAACCCACCAACAAGACCAAAGAGGGACGGCCACGGCGACAAGGAGAGGUCACCGUCCUCUCUGUGGGCAGGUUCAGAGUCACGAAAGUGGAGCACAAGUCAAAUCAGAAGGAGCGCAGAAGUUUGAUGUCUGUCAGUGGGAUUGAGAGUGUCAACGGGGAUGUGCCUGCGACACCUGUGAAGAGGGAGCGGAGUGACACGGAGUAGCUGCAGCUGCUGGCUUUCUUGAAGAGUUCUAAGAGACUCCGAACUUGCGAGAUAAUGAAGUCGCCUAGGGAAUAUUUUUAUAUAUGUUUUAUACAGUUUCUAUCAUGAAGUCAAUGGGCAUGCGGAUCAAACCCAAAAGGGCAUAUUUUUGCUAUGCUGGACACAGAAUUCAGCUUGCUUUGAAAGAAGCUUUGGGCUUAAAAGGUGUGAUGAAAGUUUUAGUUCCGUUUCUGAGAAGGACAGAGCUCUUCCUCUUAGACAACCGUCCCCAGUUGCACAUUCCUGGCUGUCCAUACCCAGGCAGCUACUCCCUUGGACUCAUGGCAUUAUGAACACAGGAGCCAUUUCCAGCCUGAGCUUGUGUUGGCGUGCUCACAUCUGUUCCUGCACCCCAGAUUCCAUGUUGACAUUGGCGCUAAGAUCUUCAUACACACAGUUGGGGCGUUACAGAAGACUCUUGCCUGCAAAAGGUCCCAGGAAAACAUCUCGUGCCCAGAAAAUGAUCCCCUAGGACGUCACGGGAUCCAAUGGAACCACAGGCACCCUGCACUAAAGAUUCCUGGACCAACAAGAAUUCAGCACUGACUCCUGCUCCCGUCAGCCUGCCCCCUGUCAUUCUCUGGUGACUUAGAAGAUACAGAGACCAUGACUGCUUUUAUUGAACUUAAUCUACACAGCUGGCUUUUAGUCUGGCUGAGUAAAAGGGAAAAAGGUUUAAAGGCAACCAAAGGCCGAAACAAAACCCUCCUCUUAUGCAAACACGCCCUGAGACUUCUGCUGUUUUACUCAGGAUCCUGCUGUAGCUGAUGCUUAGUAAAGGCUUCCUAGGAAGAUCCGCAAGUUUAAGGCUCCCCGUGUUAUAGAGUGUUCAGGGGAUAGCCUGGGUGACUGAGCCAGAUCCUGUCUUCCAACAAAAAAAGUGAAGAGAGGGCUGGGCUAUCACUCAGUUGGUAGAGCACUUUCGGGCAUGCUCUACCAGUCUUAGGGGCUUCUUGCCUGGUAGGGCUCUCUCUUGGCCUUGUUUUAUGAAACGCCUCAAAGUACAUAGGUCUGGGAUCGGGAGGGUGGCGGGGUGGCAAGCUUUAUGCCUUACUUCCAUUGGUGUGAUACAUUAACUACUGGGUGUGGUUUUCAGUUUUUUGUUUUUUUUGUUUUUUUUUUUUUUGCUUUUAAUUUGGCUAUACAAAAAUAAAAUAGAAAAAAGGGGGGUGGGAUUUUUAAAAAUAUACCCCAGAGCAUUUUCUAUUAAAAAAAUUUCUGUUUCUGGACACAAACUAACUUUUUUUUUUUUUCCCAAACAUUUUAUGUGAGUGGUAGAUGCAGUUUGAUGUGAACCCACACUGGCAGCUAGUGACUUGGUAUGUGUGUUGUGUCUACUAAGCAGAGAUGCCAGUGUGGAUGCCAGGUUCACUGUGGUCCAGGAAGUAGAGUGUGUACUCAUGGGAGUAAUGUUUGUGCAGCUAAGCCAGUAUUUUUACUUAAACAAACAAACAAACAAAAAAACUAUACAUUUUGCAAAAAAGAAAAAAAAAAUUACGUCCUUUAAAUGGUGAUGGUCUAAUAUGUAAGAUUCUUCAGCUUUAAUUAUUUUUUAAUUUUAUUCAAUGUAGAGCACUUUCUAUAGCAAUAAACAAAAACAAAACAAAAAUAAGCAAAGAUAUUUAAGAUUGUAUUUAUAUACCCAGAGUACAUUUUAAACAUUUUCUAAUACUUGAGCAGAUGGGUGACUGGCUUCCAGAAAUGCCAAAAAUUAAACAUUCAAUACAUUCAACACAUAAGCUUUGUCCUGGUUUGUACAGUCUGGUGAGAAUCCUGAGUGUUCCCAGCACAGUUGGCGUUUAGGGUCCCUCCUCCUACCCCCUCCUCCCUCAGAAGUUCUGAGGAUCCUCGACAAGUUCACUGUCCACGACACUAAUGAUGGGCCGCUUCUUGGUGUAAAGGAACGAGUCACUCGGUUGCCACCUCGAUGUAAAACAUUUUGUAAAGGAAAAUUUUUUGGUUUCCAGUGUCAAAUGUAUUUUUAACUGUCUGGUUUGUACUUUUUAUGAAUUUUGUACUACCAAAGCAGAGUUAAAAAUAAAAGCAUUAAACCAG